AUGAUAUCUUAAUCUUCAUUAAAAUAUAUGCAUUAAAAGAGUCAUAGCAAUACAAAUGCACAAUAGAUUUUACAAACAAUGGGAGACUCUUAGUCUAAUAGACAUUCACUUGCCUAAAAUACAAUAUUUAGUGUUAGAAAUAACACUAGCAAUAAUGACUCUUCCUGUUUAAUUUCUUCAAGUAGCAAUAAUAGUAGAUUUAAUCCAUUUAAAAAUGUGUAGAAUCAACUAUAGUAGAGAUCAGGAGGAUAAGCUUUUGACAUCUAAUUGAAUGCUAGAAAUAAUUCAAAUGGAAAUAUAAUUUAAAGCAGUUACUAGGUUAUUUAGAGAAAUAGCUCUUAAGAUGCAAUGCAGUAGGUUAGUUCAAAAAAUGAAAGUACUCUACAUUAAAACUUUAACCAUCACCUAUUACUAAAGUAGCAGCAAAAUAUAGAACAUAGCAAAAAUAACUUUAGUGAAAUAAAUGAAAACGUCAAUCAUUAAAAUACUAAGAGCGGAGAUAAUACAAACACUCUAAAUACAAAAGCAAGCUAGCAAAAGAGCUUAAACUAAAUUGCUCAUCAUGGAGGUAGUAAAUCUUUAGAUCAAUCAACUUUUAAAAAAAUGGGAUCAAAUUAAAACAACAAUAUGAUAGGAUUAUAGCUUAAUGCUUAGUUGCAUCAAAGUGCCAAUCAUUCAGGAUCUUAAAACCAAUUUAGCAAAGGACAUUUUUAAUAAAGUUAGAAUUUGCUCAGUGAUAAUAAUAAUUUAAAAAUAGGGUAAAGCAGUGUUAUAAAUAACACUUAUAAAAAAUUUGCUAGCAAUUAAGGGAAUUAAAUAUAGAAUGGAGGAGGGUAGCUUAAUGUUUAGAGUUAUCUAAACUUAAAUAAAUAAUAAAAAGAUAACUUAGUUUUCAAUGGAAGAUCUGCCUCAAAUAUUAAUUAAUAAGAUUAUCAAAGUUCUAAAAACUAUGAUAGCAAGGUAAAUAAGUAAUAAAACGAUAAUAUUCCUGUCCAAGCUUAUUUUUAAAAAUAAAUUGAAAACAAGAACUUGAUUUUAAGUUAAGAAUUAGAGGAUGAUUCUAUUGAUAAAAGGAUUAUAAAAGAGCAAUUAAUAAAGUCAUGCUUUUAAAAUCAACUUUUGCAAAAAGACUUUCCUUAGGAGUAAACAAAAGAAAAAUCAAAUUACUCUAAGCAAUAAAGUAAAGCUCAUAAAAAUGAGAACGAAGUUCAUAGCAGUUAAUAAUUUUAAAAUGGUAUAAAUUAAUCAUUACAAGUAACAAAUAAUUAUAGUACAACAAAUGUAAAUUGCGAAACAAAUAAUAAUCAAAAUAUAUAAUAUGCAAAUUAUGCUGAUUUAAGUAUUAAUCAUUCUAUAAAUCAAAGAGAUAUUUCAAUAAUAAAACCAAUAAAUAUAGAUAUUUCAUGCUUUAGCAGGGACUAAAGCAUGUUUUUAGAUGGAAAUAAAGACAUAAGCAUUAAUGCUAAAGACUAAUCUUCCUUUUUUAAUGGAGCUUUCCAAAGAAAAAACUAUGGAUAAAAUAACAUACCUAGUUCAUAAGAUUUGCUUCCUAAUUAAUCUGAAAAAUAAAACUUUAUAACUUCUGAAAAAGGUGAAUAUCCAACUUUAUCUAAUCCGAUUUUAAAUAAUAGUAAAUCUUUGAUCUUAGAUGGCCUAAAAGAUAUGUCUGUAAACUAUUCUAAAGUUGAAGAGAUAUCACAUUUUUUAGAAUAGGAAAAAGAAAGAAACGCUAAAUUGGAAGAGGAAAUAAGAAAUAAAGAAAUUAUUCUAAAGAAGAUGCAAGAUUUUUAAAAUGAUCUUUACUCAAACUAUGAGCAUGCAUAAAAUGUUAUUAAAUAGCUCAAGAUUGAAAGUAACUAGGAGUCCAAAUUAUAAGCUAAAAUUUAAAGACUGUAAGAUGAGAAUUAAAUUUUAAGAGAGUAAUUAGUGAAAGCAGAGGAAAUUUAUGAACUAAAGCUGAAAGACACAACAAAUCAAUUGAAUUUAAUUAAACAAGAAAAAGAUGAAAUAAGAUUAACUCUCUAAUAAAAAUUAGACUCCGUUGUAAAUAAUUUAAAUUAAUAUAAAAAACACUGUGAAGAAAAAAUUUUAAAACUUUAGUAACAACUUGCUUAAUCUGAAAAAGAAAAAAAUUUAAUGGAAAAAUAAAAAAAGAAUAAAUUGAUUGAUUAAGAUUUAUAAAAUGAAUUUAAUUUAGGAAUAAAUUACAAAUAAAUAGUUUAAUAAAUAUAACAAGAGUUUGAUAUAUAAAAAGAACACGAUAUAAUAAUUAAAUUAAAGAAUUUAGGAGACAAAGAUACAAUUAAGUUAACAGAUUGCUUAACUGAAAUGAUGAUUUCAUUUGCUCCUGAUGGCUAUUUUGAGAAAAAACCCACUUUAAAGCAAAUAUGGAAAUGGCUAAAAGAAGUUCUUAAAGAAUAUAUGAAAAACACUUCAGAUUUAAAAAAGGCUAUUAAGUAUUUAAAUGCAGAAAAAUAGCAAGAUUUUAUGAUCAAAUUAGAAAAAAUAGUAUUUGAAAAUGAUAGUUAUUAAAAAAUUAUUGAAUAAAUUAAGUAAUAUUUUAAUUUAGACUCACAACAAUUUUCUAAUUUGUAUGAGCUUUAAUUAUUCUUUGAGAAGAAGAAUAGUAAUCUCAACAAGUAAUAAGGUCAAUAAAAUAAUACUCAGCAUGAUUACUUGUAUACUAACUUAACUACAGAAGCUUCAAAAAUUUGA